AUGAAACACUACCCCUUGAUCUCGGUUAUAGAAUAUCAUUUUCGAAUCGAUCACAAGACAUUCUUCAAACAUUUGUUUGAGGUACUUGAGACCAUCAAUGUCUAUGUCCCAAUGUUUGAUAUGGAUAGAAGAUUGGAAGCAUAUGAGGAUUCCUUUUUACAGAUAGCACCAAUUAUUGACUAUCCCCCCGAUAUCUUCAACAGAUAUUCGAUUGUGGACACCAGUUCAAUCAACAUCUCUGAACAUGUGGAGGGGUUCCCUCGAGAGGUGACCACCUGUCGAAUGAUUAUCGACACCACCAUUGUUAAGAUAAGAAGACCCUCACCAGGACCAAACAAUCAAGAUCUCCAAAGGUCCUUCUACAGCGGUAUGUUUCUGUUUGUUUUUAAAAUAAUGCAGCGCUAUCAAGUUAACUCACCGACAACAACUAAUGUGUCGUCAGGCAAACACAAAUUUCAUGGCAUCAAGUUUGAAGUAGGAAUCCGACUGGAUGGCUACAUCGUUUGGGUUGGCCCUCCUCAACCAGGAAGCAAGCAUGAUUUAACCAUCUUUGACGAUGGAGAGUUGGCCAAUGAGUUACUGCCUGGUGAGAAGAUUUUGGCCGACUCAGCCUACGUCUCAAAGAACCACCCAUUCGUUACACCAAUUAAGAAACAGAGGAAUACCAGAACAGUCACCAAGUUCCUCACAGUUGAACAACGCAUCUAUAAUUUCCAGAUCUCAAGAUUGCGUAUCAAGAUUGAACACUGCUUUCCAAAGGUCAAGGCUCUCACGAUGUUUGGCUCCACCCUAUGGAUCACAGCGCCACCACCUCGAUCUAUACUUCCGCGCAGCAUGUGCCCUCAU